ACUCGCGCACAGGCGAACUCAGUGUUCGGAACAUUCCGUUAGUGAAAAGUGAAAUAUUUUAUAAGUGUUAAACAGUGGUAAAAUUAAAAAAAAUAUAUCUUUUAUUCAAAAUAGAUGAUAAAGCAAAUAAUAUUAUAAUAAUAUUUUCAUCACUUAAAAAGUCUUUGAAUCAAAAAUAUUUAUUUUAAUACAUACAGGUGCUAAAUACUAAAAUAUGAUUUCAAAACUGGAAGAUUUAGAAAUCCAAAAUGUCGUUGAAUUAUUGAGAAAUAAUGAGCUAGACGAGUUCGUGGAGUUUGUAUGGGAAAAGAAAGUGGAUGGGAGGAAAUUAUUAGACGUCACUGAAGGAAUCGUUAAGCUAUGGCGGCCUAGAGUGAAUGCGAAAAAAAUAAUUUCAUUUAUAGAAGAUUUGAAAAAUAACCCUGAAAAAUAUCUAAGUGAAACUAUGGAUAAAUGCAAUGAAGUUCCUGUCGAAUGUCAGUAUCAGACUGUAAAAAAAACUAAAUCGGAACUGGCAGCUUCAUCUAUGAUGAGCGUUGAAGACUUAUUAAAAAAACUAGUGCCACCCAAAAGCUUUCUCUAUAGAAAUUAUACAAAUCGAGCAGAGAAAAAUAUACCGUCUUAUCUUCCUAUGGAUGUUGGAACAAAGAAACCAAAAAAAUUUUUCAGAUUGAGUUCAUACGAGUAUCCAAAUUUUGAUAUUCUAUCAAGAUUUUCAAAACACGAAAACUUGGAAGAUAGAGGGUACUAUUCCGUUAAAACUAACACUAGAUACUAUAUUCAAAAAAUUACUAAGACACAAGACUCGAGAACGAAAUAUAAAUCUCUGCCUGCUGCCGAAGAAAUAAUUGAAAAACUCCCGGAAGAUCACUUUUAUGAAGACUUAUGCUAUAAUGACGUUAGUAAGAAUGAAGAAAUAAAUGAAAGUGAGUUCAAACAAGUUGCUCAUGUUAAACCAUGUAUGGUGAAGCUGCAGGAACUUUUCCAAUCUUUUAAAAUACCCUUUUUUAAAAAACCGGAAGUAUCAGUAGAAAGAGAUAAAAAAAUUGAAAACGUCGAUAAAGAUAAUGUAAGUCAUCUUUACGAGAACGGUGAUGCGGCUAGCAAUAUGUAUGAUUCAGUUUUAGUGACAAAAAGACUAAGUGAAGUUGAUUGUAGCAAAAUAAAACAAGUCAAUCUUCCAGUAGAGGACUAUUUGGAGCCGGUGGUGCUUUGUAAAGACUAUUGUGACGUGAACAUCAAACAGAAGGAUGAGUCUCUUAUUGGGUAUAUCAUAAGUAUCUUUGAAAGCCGCUUUGGCCUUAGAAGAGAAACAAACGACGCGAACCAAUCCGAAGAAUACGACACCGAACAGGACGGUGACAAAGAGCAUGAUGAUAGACGUCCCGUCGAUGAGAAAGUCUGCCGUGACGGCAACGAGAGGCCGUGUAAUAUGGCAGACCGUCCACUACCAGUGCCGGUGGAAAAUGAACCUUAUUACAUGAACAUUGACAGAGAGGAAGCCGAGAACUUAUUGAAGGGAUAUGCUGAUGGGACAUUUGUUUUGAGGCCUUCUAGUCAGUCGAACCACGUGUACACACUGAGCGUAUGCUGUUCCAACGCGGUACACAACGUUGGCGUUCGUCGGCGACCAGAUGGCAGACUGGCUUUAGGUUUCGCCAGGAGAGGAGAGAGGAGCUUCACAAGCGUGUCUUCCUUACUACGGCACCAUAGAAGACGUAGACUACUAUUAGUAGCAGCGGGAGGUGUUUUAGGAGCAACAACGUUAAAUGAACCACCACAAUAUUAUCAAACGCCUUGUAAUAUUCCUUUACCGAAAACUUAGAUUUACAUAAUGAUAAAUUACAGAAGGCGUACGUUUAGUUAAUAAUAUUUAAAGAAAUUAAAGGUAAAAAAAAAAUGUUUUUCAUCUAUUGUAUUAAAAAACUAUUGCUUUUUAUAUUUGAUCAAUGUUGCAUUGGCAAUACUAUAUUAAUAUUUCUUUUAAAGACUAAUAUUAUAAAUCUAUAAAAAAAUCACUAUCCCAUCUGGGCCUGGAGAUUUUUUUAAGUAUUUUUCUUAACAUAUAGGAUAGUACGAUAAGUACGAUAACAAUACUACAAACGGUCAGUUGCAUAAACGUCCGGCGAGGUUUAAGGAUGACUUUAAGCAGAAUUGAAUAUUCAGUAUUUGAAAAUAUCUACAGGUAAUGUCGCUUUAAACAAAUUACUUUGUGUGUAAUGGACGAAUGUGCAAUUGGGUGGACUAUCUUACAAUAAUUAUAAGUCUUCCUUCAUCUGUUCAAAAGAUUCAUGUUACAUUUUUUAAUAAAUGCAAGGGCGUAAAUUGGAAUUAGAAACAAAUGAAUUUGUAUUCAAAUUAUAUUCAUCAAGGUAGUACGAAUCAAUACUACACUUUUCUGAAGUAAAAUUGACACUAUGCAGGUUUUGAGGUGUUUGGAUAAAUGCGUCAUCUUAAUCUUAUUAUUUGAUUCCGCUUUUGUAUUAAGUUACAAUCAUUGCCUAGGAUUUUGGUUUAACAAGAAAAAUAAGAAGCACUUAACUAUUAUAUGCUUUACUGCAGUGUUUAAUAUAAUAUAAGUGCUUUGUGAUUUAAUUAAUAUCAAUCUGCACUAUCAUAGAAUUCAUUUAGGAUAUAUUCAAUGUGUCUUUUUAUUUUACAAUUUUUCAUAAAUUGUUAUCUUUUGCUGCUUUGUAAGCUAUAUCAGCAUUCACAUAACGUAUAUUUUUAAUAAGAUCAAUUUGAACAAGAACCAAACUCGACCUUUUUUAUGACGUCGUUACAUAAUAUAGUAAUAUAAGUCAUUUUGUAAAUAGUAAAAGGGUUUUAACCAAAAUUAAAGUAUAACCGUAAAAGUCAUACUUUGUAAUUGGCGAAUUUUUCAUGAAGAUAUUUUAAUUAAAUUUCUUUAAUUU